UGUAGCCGAUGUGCGCGCGUUGCGUUGCGUCGCGUCGCCUCGCCUCGCCUCGCCUCGACUCGCGUCUCGUCCCGGGCCGCACACAACCACACGUACCGUCGGCGAUGGCAGACGCCAAUCACUUGUCCGCUUCCGCUUAAUAUGCCCCCUGUUGCGGGGAUAAGGGAGCUCGCGGAGCAGCGUCAAAAUGACCACCGGCGUCAGCCCCGUCUCCCGUCGCUUCGCAGAUUAUUUCGUGAUCUGCGGGCUGGACACCGAAAGCGGGCUGGAACCAGACGAGCUCUCCGCUUUAUGCCAGUAUAUAGAGGCUACUAAAUUCAGAGAUGGGGCCAGAGGAAAUUUGGCAGGGGCAAAUGAAGGUGAGAAUUUUGAGCAGAGUCCCCUACGGCGAACCUUUAAAUCCAAAGUUCUCGCGCAUUACCCAGACAAUGUCGAGUGGAAUCCGUUCGACCAGGAUGCGGUUGGCAUGCUCUGCAUGCCGAAGGGUUUGGCCUUCAGGACGCAGGCGGACUCCCGGGAGCCCGACUUCCACUCGUUUAUCAUUACCAGAGAGGACGGCUCUCGGACGUACGGAUUCGCUCUCACCUUCUUCGAGGAGGUGACGAGUAAGCAGAUCUGCAGCGCCAUGCAGACUCUUUACCACAUGCACAACGCAGAGCAGUACGACAUCUUGCACACGCCCACGUCCCCUCGCGGACAGGAGGAGCCGCGACUCCGUCACCCCCGCGCCCAGCCUCGGCCCGUCCUCCACGCCGCGCCCGCCAUCUCCCGUCUGCAGCGUUUCAACUCGUACGACAUCAGCCGAGACACGCUGUACGUGUCGAAGUGCAUCUGCUUGAUAACGCCCAUGGCCUUCGCCCAGGCCUGCGGCAAGGCGCUGCAGCAGCUUCACCGGGCCGUCACCUCGCCCCAUCCCCCGCCCCUCCCGCUGGAGAGCUACGUCUUCAACAUCCUCUACGAGGUGCCCCUGCCGCCCUCCGGGCGCUCCCUCAAGUUCUCGGGCGUCUACGGCCCCGUGGUGUGCCAGAGGCCGAGCACGUCGGAAUUGCCGCUCUUUGACUUUGCCAUCGGGGAAAUGUUUGACCUGCUGGGGGUGGAGAACGUUCUUCAGUUGUUCACCUGUGCCCUGCUCGAGAUGCAAAUACUGCUCUACUCACGGCAUUACCAGAGGCUGAUGACGGUAGCGGAGAGCAUCACAGCCUUAAUGUUCCCCUACCAGUGGCAGCACGUGUACGUUCCCAUUCUGCCCGCCUCUCUCCUGCACUUCCUCGACGCCCCCGUGCCGUAUCUCAUGGGCCUGCACUCCAACGGGCAGGAUGACCGCACUAAGCUCGAGUUGCCGCAGGAGGCCAACUUGUGUUUCGUGGACAUCGACAACCACUUUAUAGAACUUCCGGAAGAGUUGCCGCAGUUUCCCAACAAACUCGAGUUCAUACAGGAGAUCUCCGAGGUGCUCGUGUCCUUCGGCGUGGCGCCGGAAGGAAACAUCCGCUCGAGCGACUCCCAGCUCAAGCGCGGAGCCCUGCGAUCGCUCGACGCGGUCUCCGACAAGCGCAACGGCAACCUGGCCUCGCCUCUCAACUCCUACCUGCUGAGGGAGAACGUAACUAUCGCCAGACUGCAGGCUCUGGUCAAGAGGACAGGCGUCAGUUUGGAGAAGCUGGAGGUUCGAGAGGACGCCGGCGGCAAUAAGGACGCUCGGUUUCAUUGCGACGAAGAAGAGCUGAAGAUGCACCAGCUCAACAUCCACGUGCGCGAGGUCUUCGCCAACCGCUUCACUCAAAUGUUUGCGGACUACGAGGUGUUUGUCAUCCAGCCGAGCCAAGACAAGGAGUCCUGGUUCACCAAUCGAGACCAGAUGCAGAACUUUGACAAGGCGUCCUUCCUGUCCGACCAGCCGGAGCCCUACCUGCCUUUUCUGUCGCGUUUCCUGGAGACCCAGAUGUUUGCCUCCUUCAUCGACAGCAAGAUCCUCUGCCACGAUGAUGAGGACAAGGAGCACACGCUCAGGGUGUUCGACACCCGCGUCGAUAAGGUCCGCAUGCUGAACGUCCGCACGCCCACCCUGCGCACCUCCAUGUACCAAAAGUGUACAAACAUGGAAGAGGCGGAGAAAGCCAUUGAAAUGAGAGUGAUGAAGAUCGACCACCCGGCCCUGCAUCCUCACCUCCUGGACAUGAAGAUCGGUCAAGGACGUUACGAGCAAGGCUUCUUCCCACGACUGCAGUCCGACGUGCUCUCCUCUGGGCCCGCGAGCAACAAAUGGGCCAAGAGGAGCGCUCCUGCCCAGUGGAGGAGGCGGGACCGCCAGAAGCAGCACGCGGAGCACCUUUAUUUAGAUAACGACCAGAGAGAGCAUGUAGAGUGUUUGUUUCCGGAGCUGCAGCUCUUGCUGUUUCUUGACUACUACUGGCACUUGCAGUCCUUCAGGCCCUGCCUAAAGUCGGUGACUGUGGAUGCGAAAUACAUCCAAGAAGCGCGCAACUUGGGCACCACCAUCAGACAGCCCAAACUGUCCAACCUAUCACCUUCUGUCAUCGCUCAGACCAACUGGAAGUUUGUCGAGGGGUUACUAAAAGAGUGCCGGAUAAAGACCAAACGUAUGCUUGUUGAGAAGAUGGGGCGAGAGGCAGUGGAGUUGGGUCAUGUAGAGGUCAGCAUCACCGGAGUGGAAGAGAACACUUUGAUCGCAAGUCUGUGCGACUUGUUGGAGAGGAUCUGGAGCCACGGGCUGCAGGUGAAACAGGGUAAAUCUGCUCUGUGGUCCCACUUGCUGCAUUACCAGGAGAGCAAAGAAAAGAAAAGUGCAACCCCAGCUGGUUUGGGACCUCCAGGUUUUAUUCAUGACGCCGAAAGACGCAAAUCGGAUGGUGGUGGAUCUGCCCUGCCCCCUCUUAAAGUGUCCCUGAUUCAGGACAUGAGACAUAUUCAAAACAUAAGCGAGAUCAAGACCGACGUGGGCAAGGCCAGAGCUUGGGUGCGCCUCUCCAUGGAGAAGAAGUUGCUCUCCAGGCACCUGAAGCAGCUGCUGUCCGAUCUCGAGCUGACAAAAAAACUUUACAAGCGGUACGCCUUUCUGCGCUGUGACGAUGAGAAAGAGCAGUUUCUCUAUCAUCUCCUGUCAUUCAACGCAGUGGACUACUUCUGCUUCACCAAUGUCUUCACCACCAUCAUGAUCCCCUAUCACGUGCUGGUGGUUCCCAGUAAGAAGCUGGGCGGCUCCAUGUUUACAGCCAACCCUUGGGUGUGCGUGUCCGGCGAACUUGCCGAGACGGGCGUGCUGCAGGUCCCCAGGAACGCUCAAGAGAUCACUUUUGAGUGCCAGAACCUGGGUAAGCUGACCACAGUGCAGAUGGGGCACGACAACGCGGGUCUCUACGCAAAAUGGUUGGUGGAAUGCGUUCUAGUCCGCAAUGAGAUCACAGGGCACACAUACAAGUUUCCGUGCGGCCGGUGGCUGGGCAAGGGCGUGGACGACGGCAGCCUGGAGAGGAUCCUCGUCGGGGAGCUGAUGACGCCCAGCGCGGAGAACGACGAAAGGAUGUGUCGAACGCCGCCGAUGCAGCAGUCGCCGGGGAUGAUGAGGAGAUUUGUGACCAUCUCACCCAAUAGCAAGCCAAAGUUAAACACAGGUCAGAUCCAGGAGGGAGUGGGAGAAGCCAUCAACGGGAUCGUCAAGCACUUCCACAAACCGGAAAAGGAGAGAGGCAGUUUGACUCUUCUCCUCUGCGGGGAGUUUGGCCUCGUCUGGGCUCUGGAGCAGGUUUUCCAGCACGGUUUUAAAUCACCUCGACUCUUUAAAAAUGUCUUCAUCUGGGACUUCUUGGAAAAGGCACAAGUGUACUUCGAAAGCGCAGAGCAGCGGGACGGGAAUCCGGAUGAGAACUGGCAAAGCCGAGUGCGCCACUUCUGCCGCUUCAUGCGCGCCAUCAACAACACGUCGAGAAACAUCGGCAAGGAUGGAAAGUUCCAGAUGCUCAUCUGUCUGGGUGCGAGGGACCAUUUGCUGCAUCACUGGAUUGCACUCCUCGCGGACUGCCCAAUCACGGCGCAGAUGUACGAGGACGCCGCGCUGAUCAAGGACCGCUCGCUGGUCAACUCUCUGAUCCGAGUCCUUCAGACGCUGCAGGAGUUCAACAUCACCCUGGAGUCAUCGCUCGUGAAAGGUGUCGGCAUUUAAAGCAAUUGUACCAAUUCGGUGAAGCUUUUAUAUGCAGGAACAGACUCUAAAAAGACAACAUAUUUUGGCUUAUGUUAAAGAAACUGUUACAUUUGCCAUAUCUUGUAUGAUGUGCAAUGAGCCUUUUCAAAUCGGUUGUUGUAUCCCACGAUGAUGUGGUGUGUUUUCUAUUAUGAACCAUGGUUUUCCACAUUAUCGGCCAAUGACCUUGUGCUACAAUGUCGUCUCAAAAUAUUCAAUCGAUAUACUGAUAUUGUCAUUGUUGGAGCGAACUGCUGACUAUGGCUGCAUUUAAGGGGAUGUGGGGUUGAAAGCUGUUCAUAUAUUUUAUCCGAGAAAAACAGUAUUAUUUUGUAAAAUCAGUCAGGUUGCUUGCUCUGUGGUCAACGCUGAUUCCAUUGUCAUUAUGCAGAGCUUAAAGCAAAUGUUAGAGGUAUGCUUUAUAAGUAUGUGUAUGACAGGGAUGGAGUUGAACUGUGGAACCUUCAAAAGAAGAAAAAGGCCAUUUCCACGGCAGCCUUUUCUUGGGAAAUGUAUGCGGUUGUUUUUUUUAUGUGAAAUACCUUUAUACCUUCAGUGCAGAAAAGAUGCUCCUUCUUGCAUGAAAAUGAGACUCUAUCCCAGGAUGAAAGAUAUAAGAACAACGUCCGGCUUUCUGCGCACUGACGGCCUUUAUGGAAAUGGCUCCCACCGUCAUCCCGACCCGGUCAGCAUCUUGGGAGGGUGAGAGGGGGGGGGGGGAAAUAAAAAAUAAAAAUCCUUCAUUCUCCUCCUGCAGCCAUCCAUAAUGGGAGCAAACAUGUUGCUUUUAUUGCCCUCCACCUUAUUUUGUUGUCAUGGUUUUUAUGCUAUGCAAUUCUCACAGCAGGUAAAUUGCCCCUCCUACAAAGCCAACGACGAGGUCAGCCACCUGAACUUGUAUGUACGGAGUCGAGAUUUGAUCAUUGAAGGACUCCUUUUCUGUGCCAACAGUGUCUGGAAUGAACUCCUCCCUGUAUGACUCGCACAUGAGCAUCUUGGAAAAGAUAUAUUUUUGUUCUAAAAAAGGGGGGGGGGGGGAAGCGGAAAUAGCUGUGCAAUGUAGUGUUUACUAAGUGACUGACCAUGUACAGUGUACAAAUAUAUCAAGAAUAAAAGCAUAUGUAAUGUAAUUUCAGUGAAUUUCAAAAAUAGAACAGUUUGUCAA